AUGACAGCCGCGCUGAACAAAAUUGCAGGUGCUGUAGAGGCUUGUUACACUCACUUGUUUGCCGCCACUUUUUACCUGAAAUACUUGAAAACAUAUCUGAAGCGAUUAACUGCUAUAUGUUCCCCGCGUGAAAUUAUCCUGAACACGAAUAAGGAAAUUGUUGAGUUCGGCCAAAACCUCUCUUCAGAAAUUUCAAAAGGUCUUACAAUAGGCUGUCUAUUUUUUAAAAUACUUGAUGGCUUAGUCAUAGAAAAAGAUACAGUGCUCGCAAUCCCAAAUGGCGGCUUCGGAAAUUUGAAAGGCGGGGAGUUGCGAAUAGUAGAGAGCAUGCAAUAUGCACGUUCUACCAUAAAGAUGACGACAAAAAUUGCUGUUGAAGAACUAAAUCAAGAACUCUGCUCUGGAGAUGAUCCAUGCAAACCAUUAGUGCUAUAUACAAAUUCAUUAGAAGCAUAUCUUCAGUGUCAUCCAACUCGUAAAUUCUCUGAAUUCGAUACUAGUAUUAAGGCAUCAUUGACUAGUAUUUACAAUGGAGAAUCUUUUAAGCUUGCUUAUUUCUUUCCUCGUUUGAAGCAAUUAACGAAAGCAAGCUCAGCCAAUAACAACUUUCCUUCCUUCAUUCGCCAGCAAUACCACCAGAUGUCCAUUGAUGAAGUAGUUAUUCCUUGCUUAGAAUUUGUUUCCAUUCUAUCGUCUUAUUCAGACACAUUAUCUUUUGAUAUAAUGCAGCCAGAAAUAGUCAAGGACAUAGCUUUCACAAAGUUUUCGUUGCUAGUUGAAAAAAUGGAAAUCUUGGUGAAUUUAAGGAUUUUUUCUUUGUUGCCUCAUCUUAGGGCGUGGAAAAGAUUAUCUCUGGCGUUGCCUAACAGCAAGAUGAAGCUUUCAUACCACUGGCUAUAUGCAGACGCUACUCGAAUUUUUCUCGUGAGGAGAAUCCUCCUCAGUAACAUGCGAAAUCUACAGCUUUCCUAUGGGCUCGAGCUACUGCUUCAUCCGUCAAAGAAUGCGGAUUCUGUAAUGAGUGAACAGCAAAAGUAA